CUGACGCUCCUCGCUGCAGGCCGGGACAGUUCCGAGAGCGCCGGCGCUUCCGAGCGAGCGGAGCGCGGGAGCCCACGCCCCAGAGCGGGGAGCCGCGGCGGACUGAGCCCUCCUGGUGAAGACUCGGCCCCGACCCGGCUGGGCUUCUCGGCCGCAGUCUGCCUGGUGGCUCAGACUCACGCUCAGCCCGGCUGGCUGUAGGGGUUCGGUCCCGUCCCUCUGAUUUUCACAGCUGCUAAAACAGACAAGACGUCAGGAUAGACCGUCACCCGGAAAAAGCGAGCGGAGGCUGAUGGGGCCGAAGUAUCAACUUGUUGAAACACAACAGAACUGAGUGCCGAGCUGAUUGAAACAGACUGACGAUUUGGUUGACCGAAAGUGAUUGACCCAAACUACAGUAGACCAUUGGAAACUCAGAUUUCUGCAGCGUUCAGUCCUCUGCUACAAUGCGUCUUUACCACUUCUGAUUUUAUCGUGUACACUCGAAAUCCUACCAAAGAAUAUGAAGAAAAAUCGAGAAAGAUUCUGCAACAAAGAAAGAGAAUUUGUAUAUGCAUUCAAAGUAGGAAAUGAGUCCUUUGAACUGAGGGUGCCCCUGAAAUUUCCUGUUCAAGAGAAUGCCAGUCAUUUGCAUGGACGUUUGAUGCUGCUGCACAAUUUGCCAUGCUUCAUAGAAAAUGACUUAAAAGAAUCUCUGAGCCAGUUUAUAGAAGAAGAAUCCCUCCAAGAUUAUGAUGGAGAUGCUGAGGCAGCCUUGGAAGGUGUGAAAUCAGGUGAAGUAGAUUUACAUCAGCUGGCAAGUACAUGGGCCAAAGCGUACGCUGAGACCACGCUAGAGCAUGCAAGGCCGGAAGAGCCCAGCUGGGAUGAAGACUUUGCAGAUGUGUACCAUGACCUAAUCCAUUCUCCUGCCUCGGAAACUCUCCUAAAUCUGGAACAUAAUUACUUUGUUAGUAUCUCAGAACUUAUUGGUGAAAGAGAUGUGGAGCUGAAAAAAUUAAGAGAGAGACAAGAUAUUGAAAUGGCAAAGGUGAUGCAGGAAUUGGGAAAAUCAUUCACAGAUCAAGAUGUAAAUUCACUGGCUGCUCAGCAUUUUGAAUCCCAGCAAGACCUAGAGAAUAAAUGGUCAAAUGAAUUAAAACAGUCAACAGCCAUCCAAAAACAAGAGUAUCAAGAAUGGGUGAUAAAACUUCAUCAAGACUUAAAAAACCCCAACAACAGCUCCCUGAGUGAGGAGAUUAAAGUUCAGCCAAGUCUAUUCAGAGAAUCUGUAGAAGCAAUUGAAAGGAUUUAUGAGGAACAGAGGAAGUUAGAAGAAAGUUUUACCAUUCACUUAGGAGCCCAGCUGAAGACCAUGCACAAUUUGAGGUUGCUGAGGGCAGAUAUGCUAGACUUCUGUAAGCAUAAAAGAAAUCUUCACAGUGGUGUGAAGCUGCACCGGCUCCAGACAGCACUAUCUCUGUACUCCACGUCACUCUGUGGCCUGGUGUUACUGGUGGACAAUCGAAUUAAUUCAUACAGUGGUAUUAAGAGAGAUUUUGCCACAGUUUGCCAAGAGUGCACGGACUUCCAUUUCCCCCGAAUUGAAGAGCAGCUGGAAGUCGCUCAGCAGGUGGCGCUCUAUGCUAGAACCCAGCGCAGCGGCAAAGCCAAAGACCAAGAUUCCGGGAACCAAAAUGGAGCGAGUGACGAGAAGAGUGCUGAGAGGAACUAUUUAAACAUUUUACCUGGAGAAUUUUACAUAACUCGGCAUUCCAAUCUCUCAGAAGUCCAUGUUGCUUUCCAUCUUUGUGUGGAUGACAAUGUGAAAUCAGGAAACAUCACUGCUCGGGACCCUGCCAUUAUGGGCCUCCGGAACAUACUCAAAGUCUGCUGCACGCAUGACCUCACAACAAUCAGUAUUCCUCUCUUGCUGGUACACGAUAUGUCAGAGGUACCCAAGCAGUUCCAUCUGAGACAGGAUGAUUUCAGAUUAUUUCCUGCUUGCGAUCUGGUCUGGUGCAUUCACCAGACUCAUUGUUUGGAUUAGAAUCUGGAGCCACCCUUUCUUCGUUCUCCACUCCACUCGCUUCUGUGAACUCACCAUACCCAGCAGCAUUGGGAGAGACGGACAAACAUGUUUUUCGGUUUUGUUUCCACUGUAGCUUUAGAGUUUCAUUCCAUCAGAAAUGUGCAACUGCUGUGAAGUUAUCAUCACCAACUGGUCCAUCUAUAAAAGGGUCUUGGGGAAUAACAACAUUUAUGAUGAAUUCCUGCCACAAGGAAGCAUCUACACAUUCUUGCAGCUGGACUCCUGGUUAGCCAGUUUAUAAAAAUGGUCCUAUGUAGGUGGGAAACAACCUCAAAAGCAGUGUUUCCAAAAGUCACUGGGUUCAGAUUUACUUCCAGACAUCUGAUACUACUAGCAUUCCCUCUCCCACAAUGUCACAAAAGUUACAUGUUUUAAAUUGGGACAGCCAGCUGCAGAACAUUAAGUUUGUUUUGGAAGUGUCCAAUUUAAUUCACAAAAGUAUAUUGAGCUGUGAUCCUCCCAUUUGUUGUAUUUUAACAUCCAUUCAAGGUCAAGAAGUUUAUUCUACAAACUCAGAUGACAUUGCACAGGAUAUAGAGGUAAUGUGUGUUUUAGCCUUUGUGAAGAAUCCCGAAGCAUUUGCAGGUGUUGUUUUCCUCCUCAAACAGAGUUUCUGGACACAGAUGCCCCAUGUUAGUGUGUACAACAUCUACCUAUGGUAGUUUAGAGCUGUAGAAUUACUUGUAGCUUAAGAAAAGGCAAAAAUACCCUACCAGCAAGGAGGAAGACACCAGUUUUAUCUCUGUAGAUCUUUAUGAUCUGAAGACACUGUUGUGUUGGAGUCAGUCUCACCUAAUAGAUAAGUGAAUCUGCCAGUCAAGAAUCCCAAGCUCCUUAUUUGUUUAUGUGUAUGGUUAAUUUGUGAAAUAACCGGGAGCUUAGGGAUUUUAGUUUUGUAGUUGUUAUUAAUAAAAUGUUUGUUUUUCAUUUUUAUUGGAAUAUAAUACAUGUUGAAAAGUACACACAAGUAUUUGACUCAGAUUUGCACAACCUAAACACCUGUGUCACCAGCACCCAGAUCAUGGAGCAGAGCCCCAGAGGCCACCUUGUGCUGUCUUCCAGUCACUCGGAUCCCUUCAUCCGCAAGGGUGACCCUGAGUUCCACCUCCAAAAGGCAUGGUUUUGCAGAUGAUCUUGCAUCUGUCUUCUUUCAUUGUAUUCUGUUUGUGAAAUAUAGUCAUGUUGUUAUUUGUGGGUGUGACUUUUUCAUUCCCUUUGUUAAAUAUUAUCACAGUUCAGUCUUUGCUUAACCUGAACAUGCAGGUUGGGUGGUCAACAUACAGCCAUUAACUUUAGCUAGAACACAGUAUCCCAGUUAUCAUCAGAACUGAGAUUUUAAUUUCAGUUUUCCAUUUUAAAAUCUGCUCUGUGUACAGUGCCCAUGUAUUAUUUGAAGUAUAGCAUCAGGCCCCAAUUUCCUGCCUCAGUUCCAAAAUCAGAGUUGUGUAAGACCCAGCUAGCACCCUUAUCAAUGGGUGUCUUUUGUGGCUCAUUCCCUUAGAUUCAUCAGGAAGAUGUAGUCACUUUGCCUUUGCUUAGCCGUGUCUUCUCAUGACCUAAUGGACUUCUCAUGCUUAGUUUACCUCUUCUAAACACCCAGAGCCAUCUUUUAUUUAAACAUGAUGCUUUUCAUCAGAGACAAAAAUGAUAGGAUAAAAAACUGGCAAGCAUGUGCCUUAAUCUUGGGAUGGGGUCUGUGUGUAUCCAUGAACAUGUAGCUCUCUGCCGUUUCCUUCAGAUUCCUGUGUUGCACAGCAGCACUGAGUUAAAGUGUGUCCUCUGGAUUAAAUUGGUGUUUAGAGUGUACCUGUCACUUCAAAGCUGUGUAAGGUGCUGCUAUGAAUUGGUAUUUUAGUAUGUUCUCUAAAUAGCAUCGAUGAAACUUUGUCAUUAAUUCACAUCAUUUUGACGAGUGUGAAUUAGUCUGUCUCAUAGAUAUUGUUGUGUUAACCACUCACAUACAAAAAACCAUGGCCUUAAUGGAUAAAAUGUGAUGAUCAUUGGAUAAAUGGACAGUCGAAGUAUUGUUUCCCCCAUCUACUUAAUUAGAAGAUUCAUCAAGUCUUGUUGCUAGACUUGAUUAUUUUUUUCCUAUAUACUGUUUCCAUUCUAACUUGUUUCAUCAUCACUAGAAUCAUCCUGAUUUCAGUGUUUGGGGCAGUCUAUACUUUAUGUGUUCAAGGCUGGCCCUUCCAAAGCUCUGUGCUGAUGGUUUACAUCAGUUGUCCUGCUGUGGACAGUGGUGCUUAGACUUGACCUCAGCCUGCAGUAACUAGAAGGCCAAUAGAAGGUGUCCAUAGAUUACUCUGUGGGUUAUAAGACCCGUUGCUGUCAGCAGUGAUAUAUAUAUGCAUGUAUGUGUGUGCUUCAUUAAAAUACUGUAAGCUGUAAUCAUUCUUUGAUUCUGCUUAUUACUAUUGCAUUUCAAAAAACAUGUUUGAGAGUAAUAUUUUAAAGUACUAUAACUACUGUUACACUUCAGUAUUUAUUCCUACAUAUGAUUCUUGAAUAAAAUAUUUAACAUGAGUGAAAGAUAAGUACACCCUUAAGGAAAUGAGACACAAUAAAUGAGAACCAGCAGAAACAACCAGUCGUGGAAACAAAUACCCAGAGACUUGAGGUACCAGAAUUAUGAGACACAGACCAUAAAAUACUGGAUUACCAUGUUUAAAGGAUAUAUUACUGUUCUUCUUACUAAAUUUUUUUUGUAUUGGGAAAGUUAUUUUUUAAUUAAGAUAUGUUGUUUAUAUUACCAUGUGACUGGCUAACCCUUGUUGCUUUUCAAUGAAAUUAAUAUUUUUCUACUUUUUAGCUUUAAUUCUGAUGGAAUAAAUACCACAAAAAACAAUCCACAUAAAUAAAAGCUCAUUGGAGCCCUCAGAAAUCCCUAGACCCAAAAAGCUUGGGGGAGUCAUAAUGAAAUAAUAAACAUAUUUUAUGGGUAUAAUUAUGGGGCAUUUCAAUAUGGAAUAAUAAUUCUGAUGAUAGUAAAAAGAAACAGAAUCUAAAUAGCAUACUCAUGAAAAAUUAUAAAGAGUACUUGUUGUAGUCUUAACAUCUGUGUGCACAUUUGGCUGAAGAUUAGAAGGGAACAUAGUAAAAUGAAAGCAUUUGGAUUUUUUAGGUGGUAAAGAUGGGAUACUUAUUCCUGUUAAUUUUGUAAUAACACUGUACGAUGAAAACAUUUUAUGUCAUUGCUUAUGCAAAUAUUCUGUGAUUGCAGAGAAUUAUUCCCACUAACUUUGAGAAUAAUGUAAGUGGUGCAGGUACCACUUAGGGUUAUCUUUUAAAUUAAUGAUCUGAGAAAUUGUAAAGCUGUGCUUGUUCAUUUUACUGUUUCGUAGGCUUUUGUAGUUUGCAUUUUUCAAGUACAGUGUAACAGCCAGAAGUUGUGUAUCUGAAAGCCAAAGCGAAUCCAGUUGGAAUUAGCGCAUAAUUGCCUGGCUCUGUUCACAGCCUGGGUAGCCAGCAGUGUAGACAAGUACAGAUCUGCCUGCAUUUUUUAUUUUCACAAAAUUCUGUUAAAACUAUAUGGUUUGCUUUGCUUUUGU